AUGCAAGGUACCGUGGCCACACAUGACCAAGCGCAAUCCGUGGAAGAAGCAACACAGCAACUGGCCGAUCAUGCCUCCCUGAAAACCGAGCUCGAAUCCAGACGGGAACCAUUUGCUCAACUGAUCAGUUACGGUCGCUGCAUCACCGAGGGUGAAACAGACGAGCACUAUGUGGAAUUGGACGAGCGACUCGAUGCGCUCGAAACCGGUUGGAGUGAACUGGUUCGGAUGUGGAUACAUCGACAAAAACAACUGGAGGACAGUUUAUCAAUUCAGGUGGGUCGUCUGAUCUUCAUAAUAGCAAAGAGUGAUUGA